AUUAAUUAAUUGAUCCCAACAGGAGGACAAGGGAAACAAAUAACGUAAAUUUAUUUGAAGUUUUUAAAAGAACACAAUAAUCCAAAAAAAAAAAAAAAUUCUAGGAUGCCAAGUGAAACGGUGACAGAUUUUUUUCUGUUCAUUAAUUUUUGCCAAAAUGUGUUCAAAACCACAAAAAUACUACGAAGUGGACCAACACCAAAAAUAUUUGUGGAGGAGCUAUUUCUCAAUUUUCACUACCUUUUAAACAGAGGCACCGAAAAUUUGGGACAAUUCUGGAGAAAAACUAAAGCCGAUGGCUGCGGAAAAUGAAAAUAAUACCUUCCGAUUAAACAACAAGCAUCAAUUUCAGCAUCACCCUCCAUGGCUUUGAACUUCAGCACUGUUCCAUUACCCACAAAACCAAAUCUAUCUGUAGUAAUUUCAAAACAUAGGCAAUCUCAUUACUUCUUGGGUUCAUCAUCUUCAUCUUCUUCUGUGGUGGCAGCAAAAGCAGCUUUAUCUGAAGGAACAGAAAGCAGAGGAGUUGCAGAGGAAGACCCUCCACCUUCUUCUGGGUCAUCUUCUACUCGAUCCCAACUUGACCUCCUAGAGCAACUCACUUCCUCUUCAGGAUAUGAGAGUGAUGGUUAUAGUUCUAGUUCCCCUGGUUUUUCCGCCCUCACAAUCCGCGAUCAGCUUCUGAAGAUUGUUGGGGAAAGAGAUGAUGAUUUCGUGAUUCCGCUAGGUAAAAAGAACUUGAAGAAGAUUAGCCCAAAAUUCUUAACGAUAUCGCAGAAGAGAAACAUCAAACGACAGGCUUAUCUUGAUGAAGUAUCCCAGAGGAAUGACUCUGUCUUCUUUGCCACCAUUGGAGCUUUUGUAAUUCUUCCACCUGUUAUUAUACUGGGAAUUGCCAUAGCUACUGGGUAUGUCCAGCUUUUUCCAUAACUUGUAAUCGAAGUUUUUUUUAGAAUGGUAAUUUUAUGGUGUUAGGAUGGUCUUUAGUCAGUCGAAUCUAAAUUUUUGUUAUUCUAAGUCUUGUAACUAGGUCGUUACAUUUCUAUGGGAGGAGAUAGUUUAAGCAGUUGAACGUGUAAGUAGUAGAAGCAAAACGCUAUGAUAUUAAAUUCAAAGUGAACAUUCCCUUUUUUUUUUU